CCAUUUUUAAUCUCCAUUUUCAAAAACUAAGAGAAACCCAUUUUUAACAGGCUCUCAAGCUAAGCAAAGAUUAAAAUAACUCGAAAAAUGGAUACUCCACCGAGAAGAAAAAGUGGCCUGAACCUCCCUGCCGGGAUGAACGAAACUUCACUACGGCUGGAAACUUCAGCGGCCUCUGCUUCUUCUCCUUCUUCUUCCUUUCGUUCGAUCUCGAUAUCUUCGCCGCGGAUGAUAUCGAGUUUGACUUCACCGUCGUCCUCGUCGAAAUCGUCGAUAUGUAGCGAUAGGUUUAUUCCGUGUAGAUCUUCUUCGAGGCUGCACCUCUUUGGGUUAAUGGAUAAGGAGUCGCCUGCUAAAGAAGGAGGGAAUGAAGCUUAUUCCAGGAUUUUGAAAUCUGAACUUUUUGGUCCUGAUUUUGGUUCCUUUUCUCCUGCAGGUCAAGGUUCGCCGACUACUCCGAAUAGGAACUUGUUGCGGUUCAAGACCGAGAAUUCAGCGCCGAGCUCUCCGUAUUCUCCUUCGCUUUUGGGGCAAGAUAUUGGCUUCGCCAGCGAAGCCUCUACUCCACCCAAACUCCCUAGGAAAGUCCCCAAGACACCUCAUAAGGUCUUGGAUGCCCCUUCGCUUCAAGAUGACUUCUAUUUGAACCUUGUCGAUUGGUCAUCUCAGAACGUACUUGCAGUUGGGUUGGGGACUUGUGUUUAUCUGUGGACUGCAUCAAAUAGCAGAGUAACCAAAUUGUGUGAUUUGGGACCAAAUGACAGUGCGUGUGCUGUUCAAUGGACCCGGGAAGGUUCAUACAUAUCGAUUGGUACGAAUCUCGGACAAGUUCAGGUUUGGGAUGGAACACAGUGCAAGAGGAUCCGGACGAUGGGCGGACAUCAAACGCGAACCGGUGUCUUGGCUUGGAAUUCACGGAUACUAUCGUCCGGAAGCAGGGAUCGCAACAUUCUUCAGCAUGAUCUUCGAGUUUCGAGCGAUUACGUUAACAAGCUAAUCGGAGACAAAUCCGAGGUCUGUGGAUUGAAAUGGUCACAUGACGACCGUGAACUUGCAUCCGGUGGGAAUGACAAUCAGCUCUUGGUCUGGAACCAGUAUUCACAGCAGCCGGUUCUUAAAUUAACUGAACACAAGGCCGCCGUCAAAGCCAUUGCUUGGUCACCCCAUCAAAGCAAUCUUCUCGCAUCCGGGGGCGGAACUGCGGAUCGAUGUAUCCGGUUCUGGAACACGACCAAUGGUCAUCAAUUGAACAACAUAGACACAGGGAGCCAAGUAUGCAAUCUAUCAUGGAGCAAGAAUGUCAAUGAAUUGGUUAGCACACAUGGAUAUUCUCAAAAUCAAGUCAUGGUGUGGAAGUAUCCAUCGAUGGUAAAGGUCGCGACACUAACCGGACAUAGUUUUCGAGUCCUCUACCUCGCCAUGUCGCCCGACGGACAGACCAUAGUGACUGGAGCAGGAGACGAGACUCUGAGGUUUUGGAAUGUGUUCCCUUCUGUGAAAUCACAAACACCAGUUAAAGAUACUGGACUCAUGUCUUUAGGACGAACCUACAUAAGAUGAGAGACUUGAAUUUCUUUUGUUUCUUCUGUAAAUGACACUUUUGUACAACCAACCAAAGGGGACUCUUUGUUUUGCUUUUAGCCUUAU